AUGCUCUUCUUCUACAGGUACUCGUGCAUGCUUGAGGAGUCAUUAAUGUACAAGUCAGACUACUUGUGGGUUCUACUCUGGUGCCACGUAUUUCUGGCAAUUAGUGCACUCUUUACGUUCAUAGGAAACAUGGGACCAGCUCUAUCGUGCACCAUCACGUAUCUCUGGACAAGAAGGAAUCCACGUGCACUGGUUCAGGCCUACGGAUUUGUCACAUUUCAGGCAUUCUAUAUUCCAUUCAUUCUACCACUUUUUACGAUGCUAAACAGUGGAACUGUGCAAAUAGAGGAGCUACUUGGCAUAGUCUGCGGGCAUAUCACGUACUUCUUACGUGACUGUGCUCCACGACUUGGAUUUAAUCCACUUAAGACACCUUGCUUUCUACACAGAAUAUUUAAUGAGAAGAGGACGUGCUGUGAGAAGGAAGAGAGAGAACCAGAUAUUGAUCAGGUACGGAAGAUGAUUGAGAAGAGGAUUGAAGCAACAAAGAAUGUGAGUCAAAAUGUGGAUGAAGAUAAGGCAUCAGAAGACUAUGAAUCAGAAGAAUUCACAGAUAGAACAAAGUUGAGUCCUAUGAUGGGAAUGGAGCAGAAUGAAGUGGCUGUAGAAGAAGUUGUGGUAGUUGCUGAGGACACUAAGAAGGAAUUAGUUGAUAGCAAAAUGGAAGAGUCAGAAAAAAGCAAAUUAGAAGAUGAUGAAUCAGUUAGUAGCAAAUCAGAAGAAGAAAACAGCAACUGGUCCAGUAAUGAAAUCAAUAAGGAAGAUGCUGAUAAUAAUGGUGAGAUUGACAAUAAGAGUGAUAAGGUUAAACAGUUUGAUAUUGAAUCAAGUGAUAGUAUCAAGGAACUGAACAUUGAGGAAAUGAAGGUGACUAGAACAGCCGUGUUUACAGCAGAUAGCAUAAAGGAUGCAAUAUCAGGGGGAAUUGGUAGAUUUAAUGAUACGGUAGAGAAGAUGAUGAAAGAGAAGGAAGUGGCACAAGUAGAGAAAGAAGAAGAGAGUGAGAUAUUCAGUGACAGUUGGAAUGAGAAGGAGAUUGAACUGUAUGAAGAGAGGCAUACGCCAAGCUUCCUAUCGACUGAGGAGUCGAACAAGGAAGAGAACAAGAAAAAUGUGGAGGAAAAAGAAGAUGUGAAAGAGGAAACAAGGCCAGAUGAGUCAAGCGAAGAGUGGGGAUCAGGAUAA